UGACAACCGUGACUGUCUUGAACCUCAACCGAUGUGAGGACCGCUGACUAUACUUGUCAAUCUCGCAAAGGUCUCCAAAUAAUCAAGGCGGCAGUGGAAACUGCUCGAAUUUCCCAGAGUGGGUGCGUAUACAGAAAAAGCUUGAUGACGAGCGGGCUUUGAUUGUUUGCUUGGCCCGACAAAACGGUAUAGGAUGAAAGUGACAAAAGGUGCUGACGAGCCCGAUCAAUCCUCAUCCGAAGCAUCAUAAUCCAAAGUGGACAUAUUUCGAUACUAUGAAGGACUCUUCAAUCAUCAUCUAUGGAUAUGUUCCAUCACUCGUCCUGUCCAUAAUCGCCAUAGUCCUUUUCGGUCUAGGAUUUGCUGGACAUGUCUUUUUGCUGUCGAGAUACCGCACGUGGUAUUUCAUACCCAUAGCCGUGGGCACAGCAAUGGAGAUAAUCGGUUACAUCUUCCGUAUUCUGUCCAAUGUAAAAGAUCCCUACGCAGUGGCAUACUUCGUCGCCCAGUACUUCUGUAUCGUCGUCGCUCCUGUCCUCUUCAGCGCAUCCAUCUACACAAUCGCUUCCACAUUGACCAACUUCUACGGUCGGGAAUACGCUCCUUUGUCGCCUAAACUCAUCUUGUGGGGCUUCGUAGGCUGCGAUGUCGUGGCUACCCUUCUUCAAGUCGCUGGCGCCGCUCUGAUUGGCACAUCCUACAGCAAUGGCAAUGGCAACCAGGAAACAUACAACCACAUCCUGCUCGCCGGUCUCGCUUUCCAGGUCUUCUCGUUCGCAGUCUUUCUGAUUGUGUUCAUCUGGAUCCUUCUGAAAGCUCGAUCUAGCCCCAGAAAAGUCAGUCCAGCUUUCACUGCCAGUGUUUUCGUGGCUGCCCUGGCAGUUUAUCUGAGGACAUGCUUCAGGUUGGCAGAGACGGCAGAGGGGUUGCUGCAGAAUUUGUCCUCGCAUGAAGUUUACUUUGGCUGCCUCGAAUUUGCACCAAUGAUCGUGGCAGUCUAUCUACUCAUGUAUGGCCAUCCAGGAAGAUGGCUUAGUGGUGCUUCUAUGGCCAAGCCAGCUCUGUCACCUAUCAUGUCGGAGGCUUAGGGUUAAGAGAUAUCAAACACUCGAGAUUUGCUUGUCUGGCUGGAAGAAAUCAGUUUCCGAUUUGCGCAAUGAUCGAGGUGGGGGCUCGAGCCGAGGGCGCGUGAUCAUCCAGCAUCUAGCCGCCCCCGAUAAAACGACCCAUAGUGUCCUCUUCCCCUUCUGUAAAAAUUCAAUUGUAACCACUUCUUGUUUUCUUACAACCACCGCAGUGACUUGUAUCAACGUUGGAGGCUCGACUCUGAAGAGUGUUCUGGUGUUGAGAUGAGUGUCAUGGCCACGCGAAGCCUACAACGCACGCAGAAAUAUGUGGGUGACUGCAAGGCAUCACUGCUAAGCGAAUCAGAGACUCGCAUAUAGAUGAAUCAGGUCAUCAACAGGUAGU